AUGCAGUAUAAGAAAAACUAUCUGAUUUUUGGCGUCCCACUAUUUGUAGCAAUAUGCACUAUAUCAAUAUUUUUGGCAGCAACUGGCUUUGGAUGGACACGGUGUAUGAAGAAAAAAACGAGUGCCUAUUGUGAGAGAGCACAUGAAGGUUGGAUCAACGAGCCUGCCAACACGUGGAGUGCCUUAGGUUUUGUGGUUGUCGGUUUGAUCAUUGCUGGUGAAAUGCAAUGGGGAUCGCGGAGGGAGAACUCUAACGUGCUUACCAACAGUGACUUUAUGAUCAUCUUCUUCUCAUCAUUAGUUGUUUGCCUUGGUCCGGGUUCGAUGGUCAUGCAUUCUUCAUGUACAAAUCUCGGUGGUGAAUUAGAUCAUCUGUCCAUGAGCUUCGUCUGUUCUUUUCUAUUUGCCUACAGUAUACAACGAUUCUUCUGUUUGAAUCUAACACAUUUCUUGCUUAUCUUUCUACUGAUUCUUGGCAUAAGUGAAAUAUCCGUCCAGAUACCGGGUGAAGUUCCGAUCUUUGGAACUAUUGGUAAUUUGGUUUUCGCAAUAUUUAUAGUAUUGAUUAUAAUCAAUGAAAUACUGAUUAUUUUUUAUCAACACUCGAACAUAAGGAAACGAUGGGGCAUAGCCACGUUAGUUGCAUUCUCCAUGAGCUUUCUUAUUUGGAAUUUUUCCAAAGAUAAUGGCUUAUUGUGUGAUCCAGACUCACUCAUUCAAGGGCAUGCUGCAUGGCAUUUACUUGAUGCUCUGGCGCUUUAUUUUCUCUUUCGAUAUUACGUUAGCGAAAAUAAUAGCGAUCAUUUUCAUCUUUUACAAGAAACUAAAUAA